AUGAAUCCCCACACCCCACCAUACUUCUCUCUUCUUGUCGGCAAGUCCGUACGAGACAAGAUGCCUGCUGUUGGACAGGUCUUUGUGGAAGACCUAAGCGAGGUCUUUGUGGAUGCCAACAUCCACAUUUACCUUCCUCCUGCUGCCCGGGAGUCCCUGCCCCAUCCUCUGCCUAUAUUGGCACCUCGGGUGUACACGACUGUCCCAUACAGGUCCCCUGGGAAUGUUCGCCUUGAACACCCGCAAGAAAUUGCAGGGUUCUACAUCCAGGCAGCGGGAGAGAAUGUCGCUCAGGUCUCCCAGGUGAGAUCAAUGGGUUGUGAGCAGUUGUAA